CAGCGCUAUUAUUUGUGUCUUCAAUUAUGCCGUCCCCCACCAUGCCUACAUUUACUGCUUCGUUAUUUGAACACAGAAAAAACAUGGAUAUUUGAACAAUUAAAUUUAAUAAAAAUUGCGUUAAGAUAAAGUCUGAUAAGCAUGAGCGAAGCCAAGGAAAAACAAAAAAACCAUGAAAAUUCGUGGAUGAUAAGGCCGUGUAUGAUGUACAAGGCCGAAUAUGACGAUUGUACCAGUAUAAAAGUUCGUUUCAAUCAAUAUUUCAUAUUCGGCGAAACGCUCGAUUGUAGCCAAUGGAAGACUGAUUAUGCCAACUGUUAUGAAUGGGAAAAAAAUAAAUCGGAAAAAGCAUACGAUGAGCUGAUCUUGAGCGAGAAGCAGCGCAGAAGAGAGCGUUUAAGCGCGCAUUAUCAGAACAACGUCUGGGAGAGAAGAGAGAAACCACCAGAGAACUGGAACGCUCCUCUACCCGAAUGGAUGCAGAAGGAGUUCGAGAACUCGUAUCUACAUAUAAAGAAUGAAGAGAUGAAACAGGGCAAGGAAACUUCUCAGCUCAAUUCAAGAUGCACUAUAUUGUAA